GGCUUCCCACAUGGUGGUGUGUGAGGCGGCAAGACAGACAAAACCUUUACUUCACACUCUUGGGAAUCACUUUUGGACGUCCGAGUUAACCUGUUGCUGAAGUAUGGCGUCACAGGAAACAAUCAAGAACUUCUUUAAGCCUGUCAUUAAGCGCGAGAGCGAGGACUUAGAGGUUAAUGGUGUCACCAAAAAAUCAAAGAUUGAUGAGCAAAAUGAUCCUUCCAGAAUGCCCCCAAAGUGUCGUGAUGAGAAGGUCCAAUCUGGCCUUACCCCAGAGCAGAAACAACGCAUGAUGCAAAACAAAAUUAGGGCAGAGAUAAAAAAACAGUGUAAGAAAACUCCAGGUCUGCAUGAGAACAUUGGUCAUAGUUGGUACCUGGCCCUCAAGUCUCAGUUCUCUCAGCCCUACUUUGAGAAGUUGAGUAAAUUUUUGGAACACAAGCGCAAACGAGCAACAAUCUUCCCCCCAGAGGACCAGGUGUUCUCUUGGACUCAAGCAUGUAAGUUGCAGGACAUCAAAGUGGUCAUCUUAGGACAAAAUCCUUAUCAUAUACCAGGACAAGCACAUGGUCUAUGUUUCAGUGUUCAGAACGGUGUGCCACCACCUCCAAGGUACAGAAAAUUGUCUUAAGUUACUAAGUAACAAUACAUUCAUUUAAUUUCUCACCUUUAAACUUUUAUUAGUCAAUUAAACUAAAAUGUCUUAAUGUGGGUAACUUAGUAAAGGAAAUUACCUGGGCACUCUUUUUAACUAUUCCAUAUUGUUAUUUAUCACAAGUGCACUUUAUAGACACAAAUUUCAUUUAUUUACUGUCAUUUGUUGAGGGGAGAAACAACUGAAAAAGUAGGUCAAUAGCAUAUACGGUACAG